AUUUAAUUAUUGGUGUUGCCUUGUCAAAUUUAAUAACAUUUGUCUUCUUGUACAAAGUUUCGGAACAGAAGGAAAACAAACAACAAAAAAUUGAGCAACGAGAGAAGUAAAACAGUGGCUGAAACAAAAUUACCCUCUGGGUUCUUAGCAGUCGGAAGUUUUGCAGUUUCCAGAAGUACAACUAGAACCAAAAGUAAGAAAUGGCAACUCAAUCACUUUUCCGUGCAAACUCACCUUCCAUAUCAGCUUCAUCAGUCAUUUACACCAAAGGAGAAGAGAAAUGGUUUGGAUGUUUUCCACUAAAGAGAAAACAAAUGCAUGUGAGGCUUUCAAAUGGUUAUAGAGUAAGAGCAAGGUCAACUACAAAUGUUGAUUCUAGAGCAACAGAAAUUCCUCAUCAGUGGUACAAUCUGAUUGCUGAUCUAUCUGUAAAACCACCUCCUCCAUUGCAUCCCAAAACUUUUGAACCAGUCAAACCAGAAGAUUUGUCUCCUUUAUUUCCUGAUGAGUUAAUUAAGCAGGAGACUACCAAUGAAAGGUUCAUAGAUAUUCCAGAAGAAGUUAUCGACAUUUACAGACUCUGGCGCCCAACCCCUUUAAUCAGAGCGAAGAGGUUGGAGAAGCUUCUGGAUACACCUGCAAGAAUUUAUUACAAGUAUGAAGGUGUCAGCCCUGCUGGAUCACACAAACCAAACACUGCAGUCCCACAAGUUCACUAUAACGCACAACAAGGGAUUAGGAAUGUUGUGACAGAAACAGGUGCUGGCCAAUGGGGUUGUUCACUAGCCUUUGCAUGCAGCUUAUAUGGUCUUGGCUGUGAAGUGUGGCAAGUUCGUGCUUCUUAUGAUCAGAAACCGUAUCGGAAAUUGAUGAUGGAAACAUGGGGUGCAAAGGUUCACCCUUCUCCAUCUAACAUUACCGAGGCAGGCCGUAAAAUCCUUCAAACGGAUCCAUCCAGCCCAGGAAGUUUAGGAAUAGCUAUUUCAGAAGCUGUAGAGGUUGCAGCUGCUAAUGAUGAUACAAAGUACUGCCUGGGGAGUGUUCUCAACCAUGUUUUGCUACACCAAACUGUGAUAGGGGAGGAGUGCCUUGGGCAAAUGGAGGCCAUUGGUGAAACCCCUGACUUGAUCAUAGGGUGUACUGGUGGUGGGUCCAAUUUUGCAGGACUUAGUUUCCCAUUUAUAAGAGAAAAGCUUGGUGGAAAAAUCAACCCUGUUAUUAGAGCAGUUGAACCUGCAGCUUGUCCUUCAUUAACAAAAGGGGUCUAUGCAUAUGACUUUGGUGAUACAGCAGGGAUGACUCCAUUGAUGAAGAUGCAUACACUAGGGCAUGACUUCAUUCCAGACCCAAUUCAUGCUGGUGGCUUACGUUACCAUGGUAUGGCACCAUUAAUCUCACAUGUCUACGAAUUAGGAUUCAUGGAAGCAAUUUCCAUUCCCCAAACUGAGUGCUUUCAAGGUGCAAUACAAUUUGCUCGAUCUGAGGGGAUAAUUCCAGCUCCUGAGCCAACUCAUGCAAUAGCUGCCACCAUCAGGGAAGCUCUCCGCUGUAGAGAGACCGGGGAACCAAAGGUUAUUCUGAUGGCAAUGUGUGGGCAUGGCCAUUUUGACUUGACAUCAUAUGAGAAGUAUUUGCAGGGAAAUAUGGUCGACUUGUCAUUUGAGGAGGAGAAAAUAAAAGGAUCAUUAGCCAAAAUUCCUCAAGUGUUGGCAUAAGCUAAAGAAACAAUAUUUAUGUUGAAAUAUUUAGGAUGAAUUCCAGAAUGAUAGAAUAUUUUUUGUUGAAUAACAUUAUGAAUUUGAAAAUAAUCUCAGAAAAAUAAUUUGGUUUCUUGGAUAGGAGCAGAUAUUGAGUUCCAUGAAAUGUGACAGACCCCUUGUGAUGUUGAUCAUAUUUUGCCACUAAA